AUGGCCAUAACAAAUGAUAAACCGAAGCUCAUAGGACAUGCAUAUUAUCCAUCUGCUUUGCAAUUCAUGCCAAAUCAAAAUAAAGGUAACAAAUCUUCUGUUGUCACCUUCAGCACCAAUUUUGUGUUCUCCAUUAACCCGAAGUAUCCAGAGAUUGGAGGCCAUGGCCUCACCUUUGUUCUCUUGUCCACCAAGCAACCACAAGAAUGUCGUCUAAACCAGUACUUGGGCCUUCCAAAUGAUACUAGCAUGGAAACGUAUUCCACCAGAGCACUAGCUGUUGAGUUUGAUGUUGUUCAGAAUCUUGAAUUCAUGGAUAUUAAUGAUAAUCAUGUUGGAAUAGACAUAUCUAGCUUGAUCUCUAACAUUUCUAAGCCAGCAGCUUAUUUUAUAGGCAACACCACCAUGUCCAUUAAUCUCAAGAGUGGAAGCCCAUUCCAUGCAUGGAUUGAUUAUAACAAUCAAGAGAUGCUGCUGAAUGUUACCGUAGCUCCUCUUGGCAUAUUGAAGCCGCAAAAGCCCCUUAUCACUCUUCCCAUUGACCUCUCAACGGUGAUAAAUGAAUAUAUGUACAUCGGCUUUACUGCUUCCACGGGUUUGCUUUCAGCCAGUCAUAAUAUCCUUGGCUGGAGCUUUAGUUUUGGUGGAAAGGCACAAGAUUUAGAUCCCUCUGACCUCCCCUCUCUAGAUAAAUCAGUAAAGGUAAUUCAUAGUAAAGGGUUCAUUGUGGGCAUCAGUUUGGCUACUGUCACUCUAGUUAUCUUGAUUGUAUUAGGUGCUACUCACAUCAUACAUCACUUCAGAAAUGAAGAUGACAUUAUGGAAGACUGGGAGGUGGAGUAUGGUGCUCGAAGGUUCAAAUAUUCAGAUCUCGUUGCAGCAACAAGAGGAUUUGGAGAGAAACACCUUAUCGGAUCUGGAGGUUUUGGAAGAGUCUACAAGGGUGUCAUCCCUGACACGGGGCUAGAGGUGGCAAUAAAGAGAAUAGCUCAAGACUCCCGCCAGGGAAUGAGGGAAUUUGUAGCCGAAAUAACAAGCAUGGGACGACUCAGGCAUCGGAAUUUGGUACAGCUACACGGAUGGUGUCGAAGACAAGACGAGCUGCACCUUAUUUACGAUUAUGUCCCAAAUGGAAGCCUCGAUCACCUACUGUUCGAAAAUCCCCAGCAGAAAAAGAAGUUACUAACGUGGGAGAAACGAUAUAAUAUAUUAGUUGGUGUUGCACAGGCAUUACUAUACCUUCACGAAGAAUGUGACCAGAUAGUAGUUCACAGAGAUGUGAAGCCGAGCAAUGUCCUAAUAGAUGCGGAUCUUAAUGCAAAGCUUGGAGAUUUUGGUCUUGCAAGGACUUAUGACCACGGUUUGCACCCACAGACCACUCAUAUCGUUGGGACACUGGGGUACCUGGCUCCUGAACUCACCAAGACAGGUAAAGCUACAACAAGAACAGACGUUUAUGGCUAUGGUGCACUUAUGCUAGAGUUGGUUUCUGGUAGGAGGCCAAUUGAGCCACAGAAGAACCCUGAUGAACUGGUUUUGGUAGAUUGGGUUAGGGACCUACAUUCCCGGGGGAAAAUACUUCAUGCAGUUGAUCCUACUCUAGACGAGUACAACCAAUAUGAAGCUGAGGUCGUGCUUAGUCUUGGCUUACUUUGCUCUCACCCUCUUGCUGAUCACAGACCCAGUAUGAGGUGUGUUGUGCAAGUUCUAUUAGGGGAUGCCAGCAUUCCACAGCUACCUUUUGACAUUCACCAAGAAGCCGCUGGUGUAAUAACAGAUUACUCAAUGAUAUAUGACAAGAGUUGUAAUCCUCCGUCUGAUGGGGCAUCUUCAUCACAAAGUACGAGCUUUACAGGCUUUGACAAGAAACUUGUUGGUACUCAGGUAUCAAGGGCUACUUUUUAG